CGUGGUCAGCUCAGGAACCCCGCCCCUCCCCCACUGGAGACAUUUUUCUGAUUCCAAUUGACGGGAAGCGUUUGAUCGAAGCAACGGAAAACCGAAGUUAACCCAUUUUAACAAGGACUCAAGAUGUUUUACACAUGUGGACCCAAUGAAGCCAUGGUGGUGUCUGGCUUUGGCCGUUCUCCACCUCUAAUGAUUGCUGGAGGAAGAGUGUUUGUUUUCCCAUGCAUUCAACAGAUCCAGAGGAUCACACUCAACACUCUGACUCUAAAUGUGAAGAGUGAUAAAGUCUACACCCGCCACGGUGUUCCUAUCUCUGUCACUGGCAUUGCACAGGUUAAGAUCCAGGGUCAGAACAAGGAAAUGUUGGCCACCGCCUGUCAAAUGUUCAUGGGCAAGUCUGAGGCCGAGGUUUCUCAGAUCGCGCUGGAGACACUGGAGGGACACCAGCGAGCCAUUAUUGCCCAUUUGACUGUGGAGGAGAUCUACCAGGAUCGUAAGAAAUUCUCCGAACAGGUCUUUAAAGUGGCCUCCUCUGACCUGGUCAACAUGGGAAUUGGUGUUGUCAGCUACACGCUCAAAGACGUUCAUGAUGAUCAGGAAUACCUUAACUCACUUGGUAAAGCCCGGACAGCCCAGGUGCAGAAGGAUGCCAGGAUCGGACAGGCUCAGUUCAAACGGGAUGCUGUUAUGCGGGAAGCCCAUGCCAUGCAAGAGAAGGUGUCAGCUCAGUACAAGAAUGAGAUUGAAAUGGCAAAAGCCCAGAGAGAUUACGAGCUGAAGAAAGCAGUAUUUGAUGUUGAAGUCAACGCCAAGAAGGCCGAGUCAGAGAUGGCCUACCAGCUUCAGGUGGCCAAGACCAAGCAGCGAAUUGAGGAGGAGACGAUGCAGGUUCAGGUAGUGGAGCGCACACAGCAGAUUACUCUGCAGGAACAGGAGAUUAUCCGCAAAGAGAAGGAGUUGGAGGCCAAAGUUAAGAAACCUGCAGAAGCUGAGAAAUACAAACUGGAGAAGUUGGCGGAGGCACAGCGGCUGCAGCUCAUCAUGGAGGCAGAGGCUGAGGCAGAGUCCAUCAGAAUGAGGGGCGAAGCAGAGGCUUUUGCUCUGGAGGCUAAAGGCCGUGCUGAGGCUGAGCAGAUGGCCAAAAAGGCUGAGGCAUUUAAGCAGUACAAAGAAGGAGCCAUGGUGGACAUGCUGCUGGAGAAGCUGCCACUGAUGGCAGAAGAGAUCAGCAAGCCGCUGACAGAGGCUCAGAAGAUCACCAUGGUCUCCAGCGGUGGCUCAGAGGUGGGCGCAGCCAAACUUGCCGGAGAGGUGCUUAGUAUCAUGACACAGCUGCCGGAGGCGCUGGAGAAACUCACCGGAGUCAGCAUCUCACAGGUUACUGGACAAACCACACGUGUGCAUUAAAAAGAAGUUUAAAGUGGAAGACUGAGCCACAUUCAGACCAGGAGUUUCAUAUCUUCUUAAUAACCACUGUGUCGAAUCAGCACCGCCAUAGUCCUAGCUCACUGUAUCUGCAUGUGCUUCACUUUAAUGCAGGUUUUUCUUCCUCUUUGAAGUGGAUUGUGUUUGUGUUCCUGAUGUGUGACGAUGUGUUCUCCAUAAGAAGUCUCAGCAAAAACAGCAAAAAGGAAACAAUAACUCAGCAGCCUAUACGCCUUUGUCCAUAGGAGACAAAAUACACUGCCCACUUUAGCUACUAGUUGGAGCAGAAGUAUGAACUCCUGUGUCUAUUUUUUGGGUUUUUUUUUUUUAUUCUCAUGCAACUUCUUACUUCCUCUUUCUUUAACCUUUUUAAUAUAUAAUUCAGAUUUUUAUGUCUUUCCUAUUAAAUGGUGCAACGUUCAGACAGAGCAAGUUGAAUUCUUUGCUGCACUUGCGUUACAUACUCAGUCACGGCAGAACACACCAAUCAGCUGGAUAAUUGAAACUACUUAUGUGUAAAGUGAUUCAAACUUUUCAUCUUGUUAGAACACAAUAUUCUAGUGCAAAAACCAUCCGGACAUUCACAUGGAUGCUGCAUUCAUGCAUGUCUCUUACUUAAAACUUAAAAAAAGUAUCUUAUAGUAGCACGUCUGGCAAAAACUGGUCCUAAUGUUCCAAAACACGACAAAGACCAGUCGUGUUUGUUGCCUCCAAAUUCCCCAGCUAUUAAACUGAUGGGAUCUGAUGGCAUCUGUAAGAAGCAAGUCCAAAUCACCUCACACUCCAUACAUUGUAGCUCACAUUCUAGCAGCAGACACUCCUGGACGCCCACAGAUGUCUGUGAAAGGGGGACCAAGUCAAUAACGGGUGUCAUAAAGGGGUCACAAUGUUCUGGCUGCUGAGGCGAAGGAAAUGUGGUUGGCCGCUGUUAGCAACUUCCUAUACACAGCCUCUUUAAAGUCAAUUUUCCGUGCUUGAGAGCCGACAUUUGGGUAUGCAAGGAUUUAAAAACCUGCAGCUAAUCAAAAAACGGCAAAAAAGAAACAAUAACUCGGCAGCCCACACAGACAAAAUACAAGAUGAAUUGUUCAGAUAAGAAGGGUUUAGUCCAGCCUCCCCAUCACUAUCUCCACCCAGCAUCACAUCAUCUGUUGUACCUCAGAAGUGCGGAGCAACGAUGCUGUGAUGUUUUAAAAAGAAGCACACCCUGUGGAAGCGGUGUGGGGGAAACAAAACGGCUGCUAUGAACAAAGACAAAGGUACUUUUGUGCCGCAGCCCCGUGGAAUCGUGACAAAAUCCUGUAACAUGUAUUUCAUGAAGAUCUCAGGAAAUCAUGCCAGUUUUGGAUCAUAACAUCAUGAAACAUUUCCUUUGAUGAUGGUGUGCUCUGUCGAUGCUGAGCUCAUCUGAGCGUCUUAGACUUGCCUUCAGACACUGUUUACAAUGAUCCACUUUUGCUGAUCUGAAACUGCCGAUCUCUGUCUCAUCACAGAAGUAUAUUGGAGAUCGUACUACAGUCAUCCUAGCUUUUAUUUACUGAACUGCUAUUAUCUUUUUCUGCUGCUUUGUUAUGAAGAGACAAAGGUGAGGUCUGUAUAAAGUGACUACAUUUACAUGAAGUUAUCAGUUUAUGCUACAGUACAUGUGAAAGGAUUUUUCACGUGUCUCAAAGUGAUAGGAAGUGGUUGAUGGGAACAAGCUCUGGGUAUUUCCUGUUAAAGGCAAUGAAAGUACUGAAUCUUUGUGGUAGGAAAAGCAAUGUUAGCGAGUCUUUGCAGCAGUAUCUUCUUCUUAGCUAUCAGUCUUUGCCUUUCAUUUGGGAAAAAAGCAACCAACUUGCUGUGCUGCUUUAGUGUAUAUGGGUCUAAAAAGUCAAAACACUUGGUAUGAUUUUCUCUUUCCUGUCUGUUACCUUUUUUUUGUCUAUGCUAAUGUGGGGCUGAGUAUGUUCAGUCAUUGUUCAUUGUUGAUAUAUACCUGCAUUUGUAGUUUGUAGAUGUGUAAUGACAACCUAGUACUUUUUGUCAGGGGUUUAUAUUCUGAUUUUUCGUACUAAUCUUCAAAUAUUUGAAUCUGACAAGCUUUACAUGUUUUGUUACCUCCAAGUGCCUGGUAAAACUCUUCAAUCAACGUGACUACUGCAGUUAUGCUGAUAGAAACUUGUCAGGUAGUAUUUCCUCUGCUGAACUCAAGCCAUUAGCUGUCUCUGUUGAUGGCUCUAGAUGAAAGCCAAAUUAGUCUCGCCUCCUUUGAUACGUUCUUGUAAUACAUUCUUUAAGAGCAUUUUGUUGCAUGACUAAUCUUAGUUGUUUAUAUAAAUAUAUAUAUAUCAA